UAUCGUCCAUUUUUAUUUUUGGUAGGCAACGAGAUUUCUGGAAAUUAACAGAUCCUGCGUAAUCUCUCUCUCUCUCCCCCAAUUUUCCGAUCAAUUAUGCUUCUUAUUCUAGGAAUGAAUUCACACUCUCUCCCUCAACUAUUGAAGCAGUCGAAACUUAGUGUUGAAGCAAACAGAUUCAAUCUCUCUCCGUCAACAAUUUUCAUUGAACAACAAUGUCCCGGUUGAAGAGAACGGCUGCAAACCAUGUUGGGGAAUCAUCUGGAGAGAUGUAUCCAAGGGUGCGAAAUUCGGUUCAUAAAUAUGCCAUGGCAAGGUACUGGAGGCAAGGAUGAUGCUGCUAUAUUCUUAAUGCGACACAUGGAAACGUAUAUGGGCCAAAAGGUGAAGGAUUGGCCAACGAGGCUUGCAAACAUAUCUAUGAACAAUCUGCAGAUUAUGCGCGGUAAAUACUGCAAGGCCUUGCUAACGACGGACUUCAAUUACCAUUCGGUUGAGAUUAAGGAUUGUGUGAAGAAAUAUUUCAAGGAUAAUAAAGAGAAGAGAACCAAGAUAGAUAAGCUUGCGGCAGAUUUGAUGUGCAAGAAGCCUCAGUGAAAGUUGAUUUAAUUAUAUUAGUUAUCCAGUGUGUCUGAUUUUCUAGAUCAUGUGUUUUGAAUUCUAGAUGGUCUAUUUUGCUGUUAUUAUGAAGAUGAUGUUUGCUGUUGUUAUUUUCCGGAUGAUGUCUUUUACAGGAUGAUUAUUAUAUGCAGCUUUUAAAGGAAUUUGUGUGUA